AAUUCGCAACAUCCAAUCUUCGCCCUCGCAUCUGCUCUCCCUCCCCCGCGGCCCGCGCUGCGAUAAGGCAUCUUCGCCUCGAUCGUAUCCUCCGUCGUCAGACCUCCCUCUUCGUCCAGGAACCGCAUUCGCAGCACCACCAUGGUGGUCGCAACCAUCAAGUGCGUUGUCGUCGGCGACGGUGCCGUCGGCAAGACAUGUCUUCUCAUCAGCUACACCACCAACAAAUUCCCCUCGGAAUACGUCCCGACUGUUUUCGACAACUAUGCCGUCACCGUCAUGAUCGGCGAUGAGCCCUAUACCCUGGGACUGUUCGACACCGCUGGACAGGAGGAUUAUGACCGUCUGCGUCCUCUCUCAUACCCCCAAACCGACGUUUUCCUCGUCUGCUUCAGCGUCACCUCCCCUGCAUCAUUCGAAAACGUUCGCGAGAAGUGGUUCCCUGAGGUUCACCACCACUGCCCUGGCGUUCCCUGCCUCAUUGUUGGAACUCAGGUCGAUUUGAGAGAUGACCCCAGCGUCAGAGAGAAGCUUGCCAAGCAGAAGAUGGCCCCCGUCCGCCGAGAGGACGGUGAGCGUAUGGCGAAGGACCUCGGCGCGGUUAAAUACGUCGAGUGCAGUGCGUUGACGCAGUACAAGCUCAAAGAUGUGUUUGACGAGGCCAUCGUUGCUGCUUUGGAGCCACCGGCACCCAAGAAAAAAUCCCAUAAGUGCCUUGUUCUAUAAACCACAGCCUCGGGAAAUUGCUUCAUAGGAUAUUGCCAUUGUUUCACUCGGUGGUCAGUUGACCAGAAGGGAUGGGUUCUGGAUACAUGGGACGAGGUCAAUUGGAGAUGAGGAUGUGUGUUUGGACGGAGCGAAUAGACUUGGAACUGGGCUCUAU